GAUUCCGAUCCGAACAAAUGGCUCCGGUAUCGGCUCUAGCCAAAUACAAGCUCGUGUUCUUGGGUGACCAGUCGGUCGGUAAAACCAGCAUCAUCACCCGCUUCAUGUACGACAAGUUCGACAACACCUAUCAGGCCACAAUUGGUAUCGAUUUUCUCUCGAAGACUAUGUACCUUGAAGAUCGAACAGUUCGGUUGCAGCUCUGGGAUACUGCUGGACAGGAAAGGUUCAGGAGUCUCAUUCCAAGCUAUAUCAGGGAUUCCUCUGUUGCAGUCAUUGUCUACGAUGUUGCAAGUAGAGAGUCCUUCUUAAACAGUUCCAAAUGGAUUGAAGAGGUUCGCACCGAGCGAGGUGAAGAUGUAAUCGUUGUACUUGUUGGCAACAAAACUGAUCUUGUGGAGAAGAGGCAAGUUUCUACAGAGGAAGCAGAAGCAAAAGCUCAUGACCUCAACGUUUUGUUCAUUGAAACAAGUGCCAAGGCUGGUUUCAAUAUAAAGGCGCUGUUCAGAAAGAUUGCAGCAGCCUUACCAGGAAUGGAAACUCUUUCUUCAGCAAAGCAAGAAGACAUGGUUGAUGUCAAUCUCAAAUCUAGCAAUGCAUCUGCGAUUCACUCACAAACACAGUCAGGAGGAUGUGCCUGUUGAUACUUGGCAAGGAACUAUGCUUGCUCCAACUUCAUUGUCCCCAUUCCCUCAUUGGUUUGGCUGAUCAUAUCAAAUGGUCUGCAAAGUUUCUGUCCCUCUCUUGUAGCCUUUUUGGGUUUUACAAUUGUUGAAAGUGAUUUAGGACCGGCUUGGCUAAAGAUUUUUUCAUAAAGUUGGAAGUACCUUCAAUUGAGAAACCAGUCUGAGAGUUUAAUUGAACAGCAAUUCUGUGCA